AUGUGCAAAUGACUUUAGAUACCUAUUGGGUCCAUAAAUUACCAUAGAGCAUAUAUUCAACACAAAAAACAGCGGCAAUUUGUUGUUGACAAAGGACAGCUGGACAUAUAAAGGGCCCCAUUACCUUCAGUAGCUUAGGGCCUCAUCCAACCUAAAUCCAGCCCUGUGUGAAGGGCCUCAUUAAUGCUUGCUUGCCAUGAUGCCUUUAUUCUGUCUGCAAGAAUUUGAGCAAAGGUAAACACAUCUGCCCCUGUUCCUUUGCCUUCUCGUUUAGCCUUGGGAAUGGAUUCCCUGCCACAGGUGUGCAAGGAAGCAAUCACAUCUGAGGCUGCCCACUUCAUCUCUGAUUGAUUCGCUGUUCUCCUAAUCAGCCACCAGGACCACUGGAUCGUUUUGCUGUGUUGUUGCAUCAAAUGUGAUUGUUUCAUUCCACCGUUCUGGUUGCAGGGAGGCAGCAGAAUUCACCACCCUGAGAGGAGGCUGCUCCAUUGUCCCUCUGCAUGUGUCCCUCUUCUGGGCUUGCCUCUUUUCCACGAAGAGGCAUGUUUCCUUAGACACAGAGUAGCUGGGCUGUUCUGCAACCUGCCAGUUCUUCCUGGUGCCCAUUCUGAACAUAUGCCUCUAUUUCUAACUUUUUAAAGUGUUCUUCUGAUAGCAGGAGUUUGGGAGCCACUGGGCAUGGUGCUCUUCAGAGAGGUAACUGCAAGGUGAAAGAAAGUAAGUGACAUUUUAUUCUGCUCAUCCCUACGGCAGAGUUCUGCGCAGGUUAUCCAUAUUUUUUUUAUUAAAGUGGCAAAAAUAAAAACUCAAAAUGAGACAUUUGCCAUGAGAAAGUAAAGCAAAACAGAGGACGAUCAGGAGGGAAGAGGUGGAUCCACAAAGGACGGCUCAGGAGUGCCAGUGCGCAGCGGAGAUACCACCUUCCCCAAGGCGAUGGACAACGUGACCGUCCGGCAAGGGGAGAGCGCCACCCUCAGGUGCAUUGUGGAUAACCGAGUGACCCGGGUAGCCUGGCUCAACCGCAGCAGCAUUCUCUAUGCUGGCAAUGACAAGUGGUGUUUGGAUCCGCGAGUGGAACUUAUCGCCAACACCAAGACUGACUACGCCAUCCGGAUAAACGAGGUGGACGUGUACGAUGAGGGGCCCUACACCUGCUCUGUGCAGACGGACAAUCAUCCCAAGACAUCACGGGUCCAUCUCAUCGUGCAAGUACCUCCCAAAAUUGUUGAGAUCUCUUCGGACAUCUCCAUCAAUGAAGGUGGCAAUGUCAGUCUCACCUGCAUAGCUAUGGGCAGGCCGGAUCCUACAAUCACUUGGAGACAUAUCUCACCCAAAGCCGUGGGAUUCAUGAGCGAAGACGAGUACUUGGAGAUCACUGGCAUCACUCGGGAGCAGUCAGGGGAGUACGAAUGCAGUGCAUCCAACGAUGUUGCUACUCCUGUCGUGCGGAGAGUAAAAGUCACAGUGAACUACCCGCCAUACAUCUCAGAUACUAAGAACACCGGGGUGCCGGUGGGACAAAAAGGCAUCCUCCAAUGUGAAGCCUCUGCAGUUCCAUCAGCCGAGUUCCAGUGGUACAAGGAUGACAAAAGGCUCAUUGAAGGACAGAAAGGGUUGAAAGUGGAAAACAAGGCCUUCUUCUCCCGCCUGACUUUCUUCAAUGUCUCUGAGCAGGACUAUGGAAACUAUACCUGUGUGGCCUACAACCAGCUAGGAAACACCAACGCCAGCAUCAUUCUGUACGAAGAGACAACCACACUUCAGACACCCUGGAAAGGCCCUGGAGCAGUGCAUGAUGGGAACAAUGGCGGCUCAAGAAGAGUUGGCUGCAUCUGGCUGCUCCCCUUCCUUCUGUUGCAACUGCUGCCCAAGUUUUGACCCUGUCAACCACGGCGAUAAGAUGACGAUGGAGGAGAAGAAGAUAAAGAGGAAGAAGAAGAAGAGAAGAAGAAUAUUACAAUUUUUAAAAAAUAAUCAUAAUAGUAAGAGUAUAUUAUGAGGAAAUAUUGGGAAGAGAGAAAGGGAAUCUGAAAAAAGAAGAAGAGUCCAAAUUGUUCUGCUGAUGUUUCAACACAACUGAGUGUUUUGUUUUCUUUCUUUUGGGUUUUAUUUUUCUCAUCCACCCCCUCCCUCACCAUGGACAAGGAAUGCAGCUGUUGGGGACCAACCAGUGCAUUUGGCUGAGUGACCAUUGAUCCCCAUCUGCCCAUCCCCACAGUAGCAAGGCAGCUGACUCAGUUUUUUCUUUUCUCUGAAAUCUGCCCAACUGGAGGAUUAUGGUGUCGCCUAUCCUGUGCACAAAAUACGUCACAGUUCCCCCCAACCCCCCCCCCCCACACCUCUAGUCCCCUCUCCUCCUAUUCACGGACUGCUCUGUCAGUUUGCUUCUUUGAUUGCAGACUACGACGAAACGAUGACAGGACCACAACCACUCUGAUAAAGCAAACAGCCACCACAAGCAGCUUCAAGGAAAAGGGAAAACACGACGAUGACCCAAAAUCACAUGAUUGUUAAGACAUUGAUUCAUUCUACUACAUGGAUGUCAUGGAUAAUAAGGGAUUCUGAGUCAUUAUUAAUUUUAUUAAUUAUAUUUUCUGAUAUGAGACUAGAACUGUUAGUUCAUAAAAAAAAACACAAAAAUACAAAAAAGGAGGGAAAAUGGGGUGGGGGAGAGAAAAGUAUGUUUAUUAUUAAGAACAAAUUGGCUAAUGGGAUUCUUAACUGGCUUACGAGGAGGUGGAAUGUCAAUGUCUCUGGCUGUUUAUCAGAUGGGUCUGGAUACAAUUUGACCCGUCCAGCAGAAGCAAGAGAAAGAGAGAGAGAGAGAGAGAGAGGACAAGCAAGUAAUGCCUCCACCAGCAUUAUCAAGUUUUCAUUCAUUAUUCUAGUGUUCAACUCAAGAAAGUUUUCCACUGUCUUCAUACUGUUUGGAAGUACAAAGGUUGAUGCUCACUGUAUCUUGAGUUAGAUGGAUAUGCUUAUUCUUUUUAUGAGCUAUAUAUAUAUAGUAUAUAUAUAUAUAUAAAUAUACAUACAUAUAUAUAUAUAAAUAUUAUAAUAAUUAUUAUUUUGUUAGCAUCCUAGCACAUUAUUUCUCAGCCAGGUCCUUCUGCCGACAUUACUGCAUGAUAUAUAUGAAGUUAGGUGUGUAUUGGUCUUUUCAGACACAAGGAUAGAGUUUUAUUGGUAACUGUGUAAUUAAUUCCUGCUUUUUAUUUCGUUUUUCUUUCCUUUUCUUUUUCUUUCCUUUUUCGGCCUUCCCGUGGGUUAUUUACAUGUUGAAGACAUUUAUAUAAAAAAAGAAAAGAAAAAAGAAAAGAAAGAAUGAAAAAAAAAACAACUUAACAAUUCUGCAGCGUCUCUUUCCAUAUUUGGAUUUCUAUAAAUGGGGGGGAACAGUGGUGAUUAAAACCAACACACAACCUUUAUUUUCCCUGCGCUACACAGCUUUGGAUAGGAACACAACCAGGACACAGAGAAAAAUAAAAAUAAACGAUGUUUCAGUGAAUAGUACGUCUUUUUGAAAAGAACCCUCCAACACACACACAUGCACAUACGCCAUGUCUGCUAGAGAAAUUGACUCACAUCAGUUUUGUUCUCUCUUUUCCUUUUCAAUGGAUAGAACUGGAGAGUUACACCUUGAUGACGGACGGUUUUUGGGGAUAGCUCAGUAGAUGGAGACCUCCUUUGUCCUUGAUUUGUUUGGAGGUCAAAACUGGAGGUUGCAUCUGACUUUACAUUUAAAAGAAAAAAGAAUAUGUUCCAUGUUCCUCUUCAGACUGAUUGUGAUACCUCAUUAUUAAGCUGGUUGUGGAAGAGAUGUGCAUAUAUAGCUAAUGCAGCAAAACAAUUCAUCAAUAAAACGUUGAACUUAAACUCUGAUAUAGGACAGAUCUUGAAGGGCAGAGUGCAAUGCCAGCUUAGCAGGGUGGUGGGGUAGGAGACCACCUGUGCAAUCAUGUUGUUUCAACACAGAAUUCUGUUGUGUGCAGGUCUCAGUAAGAGUUCCUAGUUGGGUCUUUUUGCCCAGUGGCCAUUAACUUGAUGGUAGAUAAAGAAUGCAUUGAAAAGGAUAUGUUGAUGCAAUGUGGCAGGAAUGAGGGGAACCAAACAUCUCUGAAUCUUGCC